UAAUGAAACACUUCGUCGUGUUAGCCUUGAUUGCGUGCAUCUAUGCAACAUCUGUAACUGAGAUGACUGACAGACUUGCCCAGUAUGGUGAUCAUCCAUUUGGAAAGUCAAUGGUCAAUUUGGUUUCAGUCAACAUGAAGACCGGUGGAUCACUCAAUGAAUUGAAACAACUCUUGUAGUAGAUUAAGGAUGAACUCAUUGCUCUCACUCAAUUACAAGAUUAAGAAAAUGCCACAUUCACUCGUAGAAGCCAAGUUGAUUUGGCUAAAUUACAAGCUACCCUAGAAUAAGCAUAAGCUGAUUUGGACAAUUAAAGACAAGAACAAUCAAGUCUUAGUAACGAGUUGGCUACUCUCUAGACCAGAGUCAAGGAAGGUAAUCUUUUUAUUUAAUCAUUACUUUGCAGAUCAAGCCGCUUUAGACCGAAACAGUAGAGGAAGUGGAGACGCUCAAUCUAGAUUGGAUGCAGAAAACACAGAUUUCGCAGCUAAAUAUUAAGAUUACAGUGAUGCCAUUCUCGCUUGUAAGGAAGCUUAAAGAUUGCUUUUGAACUUGAGAGGAGAAGGAGCAUCUUUGAUUUAACUUACGUAAAUUUUAUUUAAAAUUAUUCAUUGUAGUUAAGACACCAAGAGCAAUCUCCUCUAAACAAAAGAGAAUUUCUAGAAAAUCAAGGAGAUUUUGGAGGCUCAUACCAAGAAGAGCUCACUUACUCUAUUCCAACCAAUCAUCGAGGGAUUGGCUGAAAUGACAACCAAGGUUAAUCCAGAAACUUUGAAUAAUGUCUUGAGUUUGGUGGCUCGUUUGAUUACUGCCUUACAAGAGGGACAAGAUCAAUUGGAAGCCAAUCACAAGACUUAAGUAAAUUGAAUUUUCAUUUGUAGGCUGAAAACUUGACCAGAUUGGGUGAUGACUUGAGAAAUGAGAAAUAAACCUUACAAGUCUCCUUGGCCACUGCCAACAACAGACUUAAGGAAAUUUAAUCAAGACUCAACGAAUUAGAUGGUUUGAUUAAUAUUUCAAAUGCUUUGGUUGAAGUGACUCAAUUGAACAUUCAAGAUGCCACCAAAAUCAAUGAAUUGGAGGACUCAGAAUACAGCAACCAAAAAGUUAGUAGGUAUCAAUAUACAAUUAUACUUAAGAUAAACUGAAAUUGACAUAGUUGAUAGGUUGAUCGAAUAUAUCAAUCAAAAACUAUCUGAAUGAGUUGACACAAUUAUAUCCACACAAUAAUUU